UCUUGGGGAAGUAUCUCGUUUAGUUUGAACAAGGUGGGAUCACUAGAAUGGAGAUCCAAAUCUGGCGCACCCAUGCGCUGGCGUUAGCAUUUGCCUUGUUGCUCAUCACUCUGAUUACAGUAGAGUCACGACGAAGCUUCUAUAGCUCGUUCACCGGGCUCUCUUUCGUCACCCACGACAAUCUACUUGUUUCUCCUCCGAAAGACCGUCCCCAAGAGAAGCGCGCUGUUGACGAAGAUGGAUGUCUGUAUGCAUGUGUCCGAACACCUUGGUGUGUGUCCAUCAAUGUCAAUCAUACAGCUAUCACAAAGGGUGGAGGACCAGCCUGCCAGCUUCUCUCCAUUGACAAAUUUUACUCAAAGAGACACGUACAGAACAAGACAGGGAUAAAGCACUUCAGCAUCGCAAAGUCGAGCUGCGAGUCACUUCCAUGCAAGAAUAACGGCAGCUGUGUGUCUCUAUACGACAGACAAGACUUCAAAUGCGAGUGUGUGCCGGGAUGGAAGGAAAAAACUUGCUCAAAAGAAAUCCCAACCUUCUUGGACGUCCUCAGCUCCUCCAUUUUUGAGAAUCAUGGCAACACAAGCUAUUUCGAGGCAUUGAUUGGCUUCGUCAAAACAAAUAGUGACCAAAAAAAUGAAAGUGCUAGCGGCUGGAAGAAGUGUUUCUGGCUUGAAAGAGACGGAAUGAAUGAUACUGCCUUUCACUCUGGAUGCGACAAAAAAUCUGUAACCAUAACAAUCGCCCGUGUCGGCAAAUAUAUCUUUGGAGGCUAUUCGGACAAGCCAUGGGGAGAGGGUAAAUGGAUCAAAUCCAACCACUCUUUCAUCUUCUCUUUGUUCAAUAUCUACGGUUUCAAUCCUCUCAAGCUAUCUCUUAACAAGUCUGUUAACCCAUUGGCUUAUUCGAAUUUUGGUGGAAUACUAGGAGCUGAACCUGGUUACGGCCCUGUGUUUGGAAGCGACCUAAUAUUCUCUCUCGGGACAAAGGAUAAGUCCUUUGCGUCACCUUCGAUAUAUGAUUUGCCACCCACAUGCACAUACUCUUAUGCUGAGGUAUGUGGAACCUGCUGCAAAUUCUAUACCGGGGUUUACCUAUUCAACUUGGAUGAUCUUGAAGUCUUUUACCAGCUUCCACCGCGGUUGGAUUCCUCAAUCCUAAAAAACGAACGUGAUGUGUAUGCCCAGGCUUUGCUAGAAUACCUAGAUUCAGUCAAAACCUCAAGCACAAGCCGAUGGCUCAAGUGUUGGCGGGCGACCACAGAUGGAUGGAGUUCUGCGUCAUUCCGCUCUGGAUGUAACGGGAGAGGACCGUCAGUCACUAUUGUGCGAGUUGGCAAGAUGGUGUUUGGUGGAUACACUGAUGUACCAUGGACAAACGUGCCUGGAUAUCGAUCCUCGUCAAAAUCUUUCUUGUUUACACUCUAUAACACCAAUGGCUUGGACCCCCAAAAGACCGCAAUCAAGUUACAAAAUACGGCUGUAGAGCAUCAGCCGAGUACGUCAGCUGCAGGUCCCAUAUUUGGUGUCGGACCGGACCUGGGUAUCUACCUCAAUACUGAUAGAGUCUCCAAGACCGGAAACGUCAUUUCGUACCAAGCCCCACGCGGCUGUACAUACGGCAUGCCUUGUGCAUUAUGGGCUAGCACGGUCACGUUCAAGCCAGAUGAAGUGGAGGUCCUCGUAGAAGUAGAAUUCAACUAGUGUGCUUCGAAAGUUAGAGGACUACCUCUUAUGAAAGGGUAUUGAAGAAUUAUAGAAACUCCAAAUUGCAAGAUAAACAGAAUCAUUGAAGCUUUGCGCUUUUUAGUUGUUGCAAAAGUUAGCCUUACUUAAACUUAAAUCACCUUAAAUUCGUGUAAAAAUAGCAACUAUAUCAUUUACCGCAUCGUUGUUCUGGAUUUUGUGAUUGGUGUAAACGUAAGUUAGAAUACAAUUCGUCGUUCGAAUCCAAGCGACCCUAAAAAUCCGUUAUUGAGUUGUGAAUUAAAUUUGUUCAGAUUUAGUUAGAAAUAGCACAACCUUUGAUUAUGACUGUUAAGGAUACUAGACUAUGAGGUAUUUUAGGUAUCCAAACAGUUUCCAACAUUGUAGCAAUCGUUUAAAAAAAUAAUCGUAUUCAUUGAUUAUUAAAAUGCAGGCACAAAUGU